UGGGAUUAGCUGUAGCCGCAGGUAAUAGCCAAACAUUGGGAGACUCAGGGCAACAGAAGACUGCGUUUCACGGACACAAGAAAAAAGAGAGACGACACGAAUGAGCCGAGCUGUGCUGGUCGGUCGAGGCAGCCGACUUUAGGUUUGCAAAGUUUGACGUUACGUGGAAGUAAAGUCACCUGGGAAUCUGUGGGCGGACAAAAUCCGUCUUUCUUUCUCUGUUUGAAGCGCUAGCAGAAGUUUUCUGUGAGAGACUUCCGCGGUUUGCUCGCCGAGCAAGUUCUCUGGGAUAACAGACAAUCACAAGUGUUUCCUCAUAUGCGGUCCCAGGUAUUCUGAGCCAUGCCUGGCCACAGCACAGGGGCUCCCCAGACGUCCCGCCACCACAAACACCACAGCUCCAGCUCCAGGGCUGAAAAGCACAGAGCGACUCGGACUAUAUCCAGGGAGAGCACGGCCAGCCAAGACUCCUACAAGGAUCAUGGGGAGCAUCAUGAGCACCACACUGACCACUCCCGGUAUUCAGAGAACAAGUAUGGUCGCAGCAGGGGCCACCCACGAAAUGGCACGGGUAGGGGCUCAGAGACUAUAGGAUUUAUUCCUGGGUCAGCAGACAGCACGCCCACCAGCAGACAUGCCUGUGGCUCCUGUGCCUCCAUGGGCUGGAGUGGCUGUAAGGCUCUUAUCUGCUGUGUACUGACCUGUGGAUUUUAUGGCAGCCGGGAGCCCUGCCUGCCUGUUAACGAGAGCUCCACAGACCAUCCCCCUAAAACAGGCAGCGAGCCUCACCCUCCUAAUGGCAUGGCUAUAACCAACCCCACUUGUAACAUCCCUGUGGAGUCAAACAAGUCCACCAAAACCUCCAAGCUGCCCAUGAGUGACAGCUUCCGCUACCCAGAUGUGCGCAUCGCAGGUAAGACAGUAAGGUAUCCAGUUGCUGCCCCCAGACGAACCCGCACGCCUGGCAAGGGGGAAAGCGAGCGGCCUGUCAGUAACACCAGCCUGAUAUCCCGAGAGGACUAUGACUUAGAUGAGGUGAGUGACACGGGCACAGACAUUGACUCUCUUAUCACCAAGAAGCUGCUGGAGCUCUACGCCCUGCACCAGAUUGACCAGCUGGCCAAGUGCACCUCUGACUCCUCGUUCUCCCGCAAGACCAACGAGAUCAGCGAGCUCAUCUACAGCAUCGCUCAGGACUACAACCUGGAGGAGCAGGAGGCCGAGUGCAAGCUGGUGCACGGGGUCAUCCGCAUCAGCACGCGCAAGGGAAAGAGAAAAGCGGGCCAUCAGUCAACAGGACAGCGAGCCAACGGGAGGAACGAUGGGACGCUCCCUGACAGUGGCAACGAGACCAUGACCCACACUUUAAUGAGCAGUGACUUUCCAGAGGUGAAAGUGUCAGAGCAGACGCCUUCAGACGAGCUGGCAAGAAAAAUGAGACAUUACAGCGGGAGAACGUACUCCUCCAGCACCGCCACAGCCUACUCGCCCUACCAUCACGACACCGAAACAGACUCUUCAGGCGCUCCUCUUCUUCUUCUCUGAAGGGUGAUAUAAAAGUACCUGUGCUAACAAGUGAUGUAGCCAACUAGAUGGACAAUGUUAUUCGUCUGCUAUUAUUUGUUGUUGUCGCUGUUACUGAGUGGAGCACCUUUUUACCCUGGGCAGUGGUACUUCAGCUUUUAGUGGUCCGCUCCAUGUUUGCUAUUGGAGUGUCAUUUAAAUUGGUGGACCUUUUUAUCUCUCCAGCAGAUGACCUACUGAGGAAACAAUGUUUUUUUUACACAGGGAAAGACAGUGUAGGUUCUUUUAUGUAUUUGCGUACGCAGUGUUUAAAGUUGUUUUCAGAAAAAGAAACACUCCAUGCAAUCUUAGCAGUCAGGCCAGAGGAUAGAGACUGAUGGUAGAACGUAACCUUCCUCAUUCUUGUCUGUGAUUGUUUAUGCAAGCCAUUGUGUAUGUGCAUGUGUAUGUUUGGGCUUAUUGACUCCUGCCAUUUAGACUCUUUGAAAGCAUGUGUUGACCUGAAAACUGCAUUGUUAAGCCAUAUUUUGAUGCACAUAUUGAUAUGUUGAUGUUACUCUCUGGGUUUUUAAACCGUUUGUGGCAUUUGGCCGCAGUUUUUUUGUUUUUAAUGUACAGAUAAGCCCUGUUUUUAACAAAAUAAAAAUCUCCAUGC